CCCCCCGUCCCCCCUUAGACACACGACCCGUUCUAACGUCAAGCUAGCAUAGCGGAGCUAAUCUAUCACGAGCCGAACCGCGUUACUAGCCCGGUCACUUUAAACGGCGCCGUUUGUUCGUCGCGCCACAACCGCGCUUUCAUGUGUCGGUUGUUCCUGGCGCUGUCACCCUCCGUCAGCUGUGCCGCCUCCCCCCUCCUCAUCACCCCGACACACCGCCAGGUAAACACCGGCCAGCCCCAUGAAGACACCGCCGCUGCCCCCCUCACACAUGGAGGCCAGUUGAAUAACACACCGCAGGAGCCGCGUGGAGCCUGAGGCACCAUGGAUCUCGCAGCGCCUGCUCCGGUGGUAGCCCUCCUCCGCUGACCUCACCUCCUCCUCCCCAUCUCUUCUUCUGCCUUUCCCUCUUUCAUCUUACCCAUUGUCCUCCACCUCAACCCAACCCUUAAUACACCCCAACAUCCGUGACCCAGGGUUACCACUCAGCCUCUCCUACAUCAUGGCAGGAGAGAAAGGGCCAACCAAGCGAAGCGCCAUGGACAUCAAGCGUCUGGCGAGCCUCAUCCAGAGGGGAACGGGCCGCCUGCUGGUGAUCGACAGCAGAACCUUCUCUGAGUACAAUGCAUCACAUGUGCAAGGCUCGGUCAACGUCUGCUGCUCCAAGCUUGUGAAGAGGCGACUGCAGCAGGACAAGGUGUCCAUCACCGAGCUGCUGCAACCCAACGGCAAGGUGAAGGUGGAGCUGGGCAGGAAGCAGGAAGUGGUGGUUUAUGACCAGAGUUCCAAAGAGGCGGGGCACCUUUCCAAAGACGGCUUCGUGCACAUUCUCAUGGGAAAGUUGGAGGGCACCUUCCACAAAGUCUCCCUGCUCACCGGAGGCUUUGCCGCUUUCUCCUCCUGUUUCCCCGGCCUGUGUGAAGGGAAGCCCGCCACCGCUCUGCCCAUGAGCUUGUCGCAGCCCUGCUUGCCGGUGGCCAACGUCGGGCCCACUCGCAUCCUGCCCCACCUCUACCUGGGCUCACAGAAGGACGUCCUCAACAAGGACCUGAUGGCUCAGAACGGCAUCACCUACGUGCUGAAUGCGAGCAACACCUGCCCAAAGCCGGACUUCAUCAGUGAGAGCCACUUCAUGCGCAUCCCUGUGAACGACAACUACUGUGAGAAGCUGCUUCCCUGGCUGGACAAAACCAAUGAAUUCAUCGACAAAGCUAAGGUGUCAAACUGCAGAGUCAUUGUGCACUGCCUGGCCGGAAUCUCGCGUUCGGCAACCAUCGCCAUUGCUUACAUCAUGAAGACAAUGGGCUUGUCAUCAGACGACGCCUACAGGUUCGUAAAGGACAGGAGGCCGUCGAUAUCUCCCAACUUCAACUUCCUCGGUCAGCUGCUGGAGUUUGAGAAGGGCCUGCGAUUGCUCCAGGCUCUGACUUCGACCUCCGAUGACAAAAUCUCCGAGAACAACGCGAAGCAAAGCUCAGAGGUUAACGGAGUUGACAUGAACGGUCACCACAGCAACUACGACUCGUCAGUGGCGGAGCCGCACAUCCCACCAGAGCCCAAGCUGCCGUCGCCCACCUCCCUCCAGCAAGGCUUCAACGGCCUGCACCUCUCCGCGGAGAGGAUCAUGGACACCAACCGGCUCAAACGCUCCUUCUCCCUGGACAUUAAGUCCGUCUACUCCCCCAACAGUUCCCCCUUCCCCAGCCUGGCACCCACGCACUCUGAAGACGUCCCGAAGCUGUGCAAGCUCGACAGCCCGGGAACAGGCACGUCCAAUGGCGUCUGCUCCCAGUCUCCCGUCCCAGACAGCCCCAGCUCCUCUGAUUCACCGUUCCCCUCGCCAGGCAGUGGGGGCAGCAUCGGGGGCUUGGGGCUCGGAGGAAGUGAAGUCCAUCGGUCCACUUCUUCCUCGUCCAGACCCAGAAGAAAACCCAAGCACAGCUCCAGCAGCUCGCCGGUCCACUCCCAACCGCACCAACCUCCACAGUCCCUCUGCUUGUCGCUGGACCGCAGGAACCCCAGCCCGGACGAGAACCUGAAGGGCUCCCUGCUCCUCUCACUACCCUCCCUGCCCACUGUGGGGUCUGGGGCCAUGUGGACCAAACACAGAGACACUGUCCAGGCCACCACUCCCGUCACGCCCGUCACCCCCACCACAGACGCCCCCUGGCACUUUGGGGCGUCGGAGGGCGGUGAGAGAGAGAUGGAGCUGGGAGACGGAAGAGGAGAGGAGUCGUCGGUGAGGUUCGGGAGCAGCUCGGCGUACGUGGCGUUCGGCUGCAGCGAGGGCGUGCGGAUACGAGACAAAUCCCAGAGGGAGAAGCCACAGACGCAGCGAGACCACCGGGACACCACGUCGUCGUCGUCGUCCACGGUGUCCAACAGCAGCGGACCUGCGUCGGAGAAGCAGUUCAAGCGGCGCAGCUGUCAGAUGGAGUUUGAGGAGGGCAUCGCCGAGACGCGGUCCCGAGAAGAGCUGGGGAAGAUCGGGAAGCAGUCGAGCUUCUCCGGGAGCAUGGAGAUCAUCGAGGUGUCCUGACAGCUAAUGGACGCGAUCGGAGCUGUCCCCUGGGGGCAAACAUGGACCUGGUGAGAGGGAGCUCAACAAGGGGACAAAUGAGGGAGGAGUGUUCCCCUCACAGACAGUGUUAAAGGCUCCAUCCAACAGAAGGACAAGUAGAUACAUGAGCAGAGAGUCCAUGUGUUACGGUAAUGGCUCGCGAGCGAACGAGCAUUUGCACCUGGACAGAAAAAAGCCUAAGAUGUGGUAACCAGGACCAUAACCAUCGUGAACUCUCGUGGAGAAAAAAAAAAGUGGAAAAACGUCUGGAGGCGAGUCAGGAACAUGAGGGGGGGGUUGACUGUACUUUAGGUACUGACAAAGUUCUGAGCUCUGUCACAGGAAAGGAAAAAAAGGAAACAACACCGGGAGAAGUGACUCGUUGCAUCCUUAUUAUAUAGAAUUACCAUAUUUUGACAGAGUUCAGACACAAACUUUUUGCCUGUGGUCAAACGUAGUGUGCUUCAGUAGGUAUUAUAGCUUGUGAUUUGAAACCAAGAACCCCCCUCCCCCUCGUGUUUCCUUCCCCAAAAGCUUCACCUCCUUUUUGUCGGAAACGCCUCAAAAAAACCUCGCACGGCAACGUCCCCCAACCAACCCUUUUUUCCCAGUGGCUCAGACUCUCUGCAUUACAAAAACGUCCGGUGACGAUAACAGACUCCUCUUACAGCACCGUGUCCUCACAUCACUCAUAGCACAAGGCCGAGAGAGAGAGAGAGAGAGAGAGAGAGAGAGAGAGAGAUCCCGGGGGACUCAAUCUGAAGGCGGUACUGCGUCCAAACAAUGAAGGAUCCUCGGCUUUUUAAUCGAUGAGAAAGACUUUGACAUGAAGACUCUUAGUGACGGGCAGUGUCGUGUCACCCCCCCUCACCCCUUACAAAGCACAGUGUGUCUUUCCCCAAACUUUGGUUCCCUUGUUUCCAGUGUUAACGCCGUGAUGGGACUGAGGUUUUCCCGGGACGGUGGCCCCUGCUGCUCCUUCACGGACCCCAGCCACCAAUGAGCAUGCACCAGGAAGGCUGACUACAGACGGACAAAUACUAUAUAUACAAUACGAAUAUAUAUAUAGCAAUUUUAAUGGACUUUUUUUGUUGUUGUUGUUAUCAUUUUUAAUUUAUUGUACUGGUUCAUUCUGGUAAUGAGAAAUAAUAUAAUGUUUUGUGGAUUUUUUUUCUUCUUUUUUUUCUUUUGUUGAAUUAUUAUUAUUAUUAUUAUUAUUAUUAUUAUUUGCUGUAUGGUAUUUAUGAACACACACUCAUACAAAUACACACAAUUCAAGCGAGCAAUAUGUGCUGUUCCUUUCUUUUGGGGGGAGAGUGAUGUAUGUGACUCUGAAAUGCACUUUUCUGGUUUUCUGACGAACAACUUUAGAUUUUUCCGUUCACACCACGAGCAACAUGAGACCCAAAAGGCAAGUGUUAAAAUUUUGACAGCGCAAAAUAUAGUAUAUAUAGCGCUGGGGUUGGUGUUCAGUGAAUGGUCCCAAUAGAGAGAUCGGGGGGGGGGUCUCUGUUCGGCCUUGCCUGCUGCGUGAAUUCAACGAUUGAUCACAAGCGAGGGCUUGAGUUUUGAAGAAAAAAAAAAGACAGAGUAGUCGUACACACUCUCUUAUCAUCAGUCAAAUACAGUGACAUGUUUUUUGCCACUCACACGAGGACGUGCAUAACAACAACAACAACUAUAUGCAAACAGACACGUGCUCUUUCACAAACAUGAGAGUGUCUCCUCCAGCACCAGCUCUUCAUCGUAGUGCGUCCCACCAAAGCUGAAACCAACACACAAACACACACGCACACACACACACACACAAACUGUAUGCACUUAUAUUCACACAUGUAAAGCAUAUAGGCCGUACACACACCCUUUUUUUAAUUUCUCAGGGGAUCUUUCAGUGAGCCAUGCCCGACACAGGGUACAGUACAUAGCUGCUGGUACAUCAGCACAAUGCAUGUCCAUAAAGCUCCCUUGCUCUAUCUCUCCUUUUUUUUCUCUCUCUCUCUCUCAAAUUUUUAAAAAUUCUUAUUUCCUAUUUUCCAAAGCUUUGAUUAAAAAACCGAAAGCAAACGGAAAGGGAAUAAAAAAAAACGAGGAUCUUCGUAUCUCCUGAGGUGAAAGAAAUGAAAACUUUGCUCUCCUGGUGUGAGAUGGUUAUUUAUUUAUGAUGUUAAAAUGUGUUGAUUUUUUUCAUUUGACCCCAUCGAUUGGCUGUUCUCUCUGGCGAUCUUUGACCCUUGACCUUGUGCUGCUGCAGCUACAGUAAGUUCAGAUAGAUUCCCGCGGACUCUCCUCACCCUCCUCCCUAUAUUUUUAAGAAAAUGUUGUUAGAAUUAUUUAUGACAUGUAACAAAGAUGAUGCAGGCUGUCCCAUUUGCUAAAAUUGCUGUUAUUGAAUUAUCAUUAUUAUUAUUAUUAUUAUUAUUAUUACUAAGUGUAAAUAGCAACGCAUCUAAGAACACUGAUGAAUUUAGAUGAGUUUUUAAAAAGAAAAUCCUGAUACCUUAGGCUGCUUGACGCAAAAAUACCUCAGGUUCUAUUGAAAGGCUUUUCCUUCCCCUGUACAUGUUUUGUGAAAAUGAGACAAAAAUACAGACAUGACAAAAUACGAAA